UGUACUUGACCCCAGAUUUCUUCUACACACCAUCUUCAUCUUCAUUAAAUUCCAAUUCAGCCUCUGCUUUCUUCAUUCUCUUCCACCUCUUCUUCCUCUUUUUCCUCCUCCAUUCCUCCUUCGAAAUCCACCUUUCCGUGUACCUGUCCCAAUAUUUUUCUCCUCCUGGCUUCGCUAGCAGCCCAGUUGCAUCCCGAUGUAACUCCAUCUCAUAAUUGUCUUUCUCAACUCGAAAACGUGUCUUUAAAGGGCCCGACAUUUUGAGAGAAUGAGCAGUGGCACAACUCCCAAACAGCCUACACUCUCCUCGAACGUUCUCUCAGACAGGAUCACACUGCCUGCCAGGCGCUGUUCAGGGCUUAAAUGCCCCACGAGCGCAAUUAUUUGGUAAAAAAAACCUGCGCUUUUACGUGUAGGAGCAAGCAUGACCAGAGACUACCAGGGCGCGUAGGAUGUCGGCAAAGCUAGGAAACGUGCGGACAGACUUGUGCCACUAUCGUAUAUAAAUCGGUGACGAGAGAGAGAGGGGAGCAAGUGCUAGACAUUCUUCUCAGCAUACAGUUCUAGAUAACGGACUAAAGGGAGAUACGAUAACCUAUUUGGCACCAAACAGGAAUUACGGUGGUUCCUCUGCAAACUGCUGUUUGGACUGCCUACAUUGUUCACCUUGCAAAUGAGAGCCUAGUUUUGGAAGGAGAAACUAAAACAAACUAUUUAACUUGGAGUUAUUUGAUCUUUCCUGAGGAGGUCAGACAGUGAAACAUAAUUCAAGAUGGAGAAUAUGGAAGCUGGGAAGAAGAAGAAGGGAGUGACCUGUUACCUCCUCUACUGCAUCACUACAGCCGUCAUUGGCUCCCUGCAGUUCGGAUACAACACUGGAGUAAUCAAUGCCCCUGAGCAGAAACUGCGACGGUUCUUCCAGAAUGUGUCUAUGGAUCGUUAUGGAGAACCCUUCUCCUCUGGGACUAACACCAUGGUUUGGAGCUUCGCUGUGGCCAUCUUCAGUGUGGGGGGCAUGGUUGGGUCCUUGUCUGUGGGGGUCAUGGUGGACAGGUUUGGGAGGCGGAAGUCCAUGCUCCUGGCCAAUGUUCUGGCCCUUCUGGGUGGAACUCUGAUGGGUCUGUCCAGCCUGUGUAAGUCCUUUGAGAUGGUCAUCAUUGGCAGGCUGGUCAUUGGCGUGUUCUGUGGCCUGUGUACGGGACUGACGCCCAUGUAUGUGGGAGAGCUGGCCCCCACGCACCUCAGGGGGGCCUUCGGCACCCUCCACCAGCUGGGAGUGGUCAUUGGCAUCCUAGUGGCACAGGUCUUUGGUCUGGAGUUUCUGCUGGGGUCAGACUCCCUGUGGCCCCUCCUGCUGUCCCUGACGGCCAUCCCUGCUGUGGUGCAGAGCAUCAUGUUGCCUUUCUGCCCAGAGAGCCCCCGCUACCUCCUCAUCAGCCUAAACCAGGAGGAGGAGGCUCGCAAAGCCCUGGUGCGUCUGCGUGGCUGUGAGGACGUAAGUGAUGACAUCCAGGAGAUGAAGGAAGAAGGGAUGAAGAUGGGCAUGGAGAAGAAGGUCACUAUUCCAGAACUCUUCCGCUCGCCAGCCUACCGUCAGCCAAUCAUCAUCGCCAUCAUCCUGCAGCUCUCCCAGCAGCUCUCUGGCAUCAACGCGGUAUUCUACUAUUCAACAGGUAUAUUUGACACUGCCGGGGUGACCCAGCCCAUCUACGCCACUAUAGGAGCUGGGGUGGUCAACACUCUAUUCACAGUGGUGUCUCUCUUUCUGGUGGAGAGGGCAGGACGAAGGACCCUGCACCUUAUCGGAUUGGCUGGAAUGGCUGUCAGUGCUCUGCUCAUGACCAUCUCCCUCUCAUUGGUGAAGACCAACCCGUCUCUGAGCUACCUGGCCAUCGUGGCGGUGUUUGCCUUUGUGGCCAGUUUUGAGAUGGGUCCGGGUCCUAUCCCAUGGUUCAUAGUUGCUGAGUUGUUCUCCCAGGGGCCUCGGCCUGCAGCUAUGGCCGUCGCCGGCUGCUCCAACUGGACCGCCAACUUCCUGGUCGGGCUGGGCUUCCCCAAACUGGAGGAGCUGUGUGGUCCUUACGUCUUCAUCAUCUUCAUGAUCUUCCUCAUAUUCUUCAUCGUCUUCACCUACUUCAAAGUCCCGGAGACCAAGGGGCGGACCUUUGACGACAUUGCCAAAGGAUUCGCCGGCACUGCAGGAACCCAAUCUCCUCCCCCAGAGGGUAUGGUCACCCUGCCCAUCUCCCCGACAACGGAGAAAGUUCCAAUGGUUGAGUUUCCGACGGAAGAGAAGGAGAAGAAGGGAUUGUCAGCGAAUCCGUAGAUAGUGGAACAGUUAGAGAACAGGGUUACAGGGUUAGACAAGCCCCUUGUGCAUAGAUACUGUAAUGUAGUUUAAGUUCAAAACAAAACUUUUUUUUAUCCUUUUGAGGUUGAAUUGGACUUUUAAAGUGCAGGACUAGCGAUAUGCACUGUUAUGGAAAGGAGCUUCCAUAUGAAGUAGCAGCUUAGUGUCGGGUGUGUGUAUGGCGUGUGUUGGGAAUAGGGUCGGGGAUGAUAAUGCAGGCAUCAUGAGAGAACGUGUCAAAGAGGAUUUAUGUUUACUUUGUGUCAUUAUGUGUGUGUGUGUGUGUGUGUCUUCAGUCAUUUUCUUUUAAACUGCCUAAAGUAUUUAUUACUGUAAGUUAUUAAUGAUAAUUUGUAAUGAUCUUUUACCAAUGCCCAAGUAAUUUAUGACAUUUAUUUUUAGGUGACUUACCUCAUAGAGGUAAUCAUUAAUUAAUCAAUGACAAUUUUUUAUGGUACUUUUUAACGAUUGACAUCACAAUAAAAACCUUUAUAGUAUUAGCAUUUAAGAGGAUAAACAUUCCAACACAUAUGUUCAGUAAUUAACUUCCCGUAUUGUCCUUCACUUGGUUGAAAGGGAAUUUGUUCUUAACUGACUUGCCUUGUUAAAUAAAAAAUGAAUGCAUCAGAUAGGGGUAGAGGUAAUAUAUGGAGCAAAGCCAUUCAACCCCUAUGGAACAAUGCCAUUCAACUAGUACUUGGAAAGUCUACAUUGACCUCAGUAUGAUGUAUAGUGGCUGCAGUGGAGUGAGAUCUAACAACGUGAGCAGUGUUUGCUUUGUGUGUGAAGACUUCUAUAUAUUCUAUAUAUCAUAGAAUUUAUCAUAGACUAGAUAUGAAUGUGAAUGUCUAGUCAUUUUAACAACCUACCAAGUGUGAAGUAUAUGAUCACAGUAGAAGACGAUAUAUGAUUUGUUAGGAACAUAGAUUUGUUAGGAACAUCCUGAAAAUAGUUGUUCCAACAAGGGGUCUACCGUUAAAUGAGAGUAUAUACCAACCCUAGAGUAAUAGUAUUUAUUGUGACAACAACAGUGUGUAAAAAUCAUGACAUUUCAGUGGUGUAAUACUGUAUUGUGAUUGUGGAGUCUUGUGUAGGUUUUGACCAGGUUAGUUGUUGUAAGUUAUUUCUACUAUAUUGUAGCUAGUAUUCCAUAAUGAUGGCAAAUAUCUUCUCUGUGUCUCGUACAUUAUCUGAUAAUGCAUUUUUGUUGUAUUAUUACUCAUGUGAUGUUGAUACUCAUUGAUAAGUGAGCACUUUUUUACCUUUUGGCCUAAAACAACAUUUGACCUAUCAUCACUUUGGCAAUCUGGCUUUUCUUCGAUGGUUGUGAAUGUGGUGUGUACAUAUACAGUAUGUUAAUAAGUGUCUGUUACAAAAUACAUUCCUGUUAUGAUAGCUUUC